UAUUUGGAGAAGCAUCCAGAGUUGGAGCCAGAGAAACGUCAAAAGUACGAGAGUCAAAUAGAUGUGUUGAAGCGGAUUUGUGCAGAAUACGAACGAGAUGAUCAAGGCACGACAGAGAAUGCGGCCACUGAACUGACGAAAGAUCGUUUCGAGACAAUCAGCACACUGAUGGUUGAGUUGCAAUCGUACGGAUAUCCACCUGAAGAGUUGGUUGGAAUCACACCACCAGGAUGGUCAGUAGACCCGACAUCUGGUCUGCCAGCUAUCGACGACGUCCAUAAAGCAUCUGAAUCGUGUAACGUUAUGUGA